AUGAGCAUGCGACGCCACCUGUCCGACUUUGGGUGUGUCGGCUCGCUCCACGUCACGCUGAAACCAGACUACUACUUCAAGACCGUUGUUGAUGGUCAUAAUGGUAGACCGGUGCACCUCACGCCUGUAGUGAUCACUGACGCCUCGACACCCGGACAGGAGUCCUCAAUAAGCCUGUUCAACUAUACGAAUGACCUCGUCCUACCUCCGUCCAGCAACGCCACUUGCGAUACGAGUACUUUCGCCCACAAUCUCAACAAUCGCUUGCUGACUGCUCCAAGGGCGAAGAUCGCCGAGAUCCUUGGUUCGGGAUCGGGUGAAGGAUCCACCAUCACUCGGCCAUCAAGCAUCAUGCGACAGCUGGAUCCACAGCAGUGGAGUAAUGCGGCACAUGACAUUGCCUGGAGCAGGGCAUUCGCGUACGGUGGCAGCGGAGUCCAAAUGAUGCGCCACGAAACGAGCCUCCCUGGACCUGGAGGAAGCAAGCACCCCGAGGAUGAGGUCUUUGCUUAUUUCGGUCGCGGCAUCGAUUGCUUCAGCCUUCGAAUCCAGCCAGGUCUUGUACUCAGCCACCAUUCUGCGGAAGACCGUGACCCAAGGCAAAGCACAUGGCGAUACACCAUCGUCUAUCAUGACAGGGUCACAAAGCACACGAGGAUCGUUCCGGAGCGACUCGUGGCGAGACUGCGCAGCAUUGUGGAUAGGCUGGCCAAUGAAAGGUGUACCUUCACUGCCAGCUCGAGCAAGGAGCUUUACAGCCAGCUUGAGUCGAAGACCAGCAACCUCAACCAAUCGGUGAAGGAGUGGUUGGAGACGCGCGACCAGGCGAAGGUGUUAUGCGAUAUCGCAGCUUACUGCCGGCCCGCCGGGCCCGUGACCCGUCGGGCUUGA